UCAGCGCAGGUGUUGCUAAGAUGCUAAUUAUAGCUGUUUACCUGCUAGCUAGCAGCGUCGCCUCUGUGCUGCGGUGUGUGUGUGUUAGUUAGCUGAUGUCUCACUCUGCUGAGCAACUUCAUGUUGACUUAACUCACUUUAUUAACGACUUCAGGUCACUUCUGUUGUUUUAUCUCUUUAUUAUCUUACUUAUUAAUCCGCUAAUUAGCGUUAAAUAUCAUCAACUGACGCUGUGCGUGAUGACGUCACGGUGCGCGGACAAAAGUCUUAAUUCCUCAGUGAAGGAAGAUAAAGAUCACACACAAAUGACGUCGACAUCAGAGCUGGAGCAGCUGGCAGAAAUCGAACUUGUGAAGGAGGAAGAGGAGCAACAGGAGGAAGAGGAGGAUCAGAGCGUCACAGACGCUCCGUCACUUCCUCCCAGCAGCACCGUCAGUCCUGAUCCGUCUCACCCGUAUUAUGACGUGGCUCGACACGGCAUCAUCCAGGUCUGCGGUGACGACAACUACGGCAGGAAGUUGAUCAUCUUCAGCAGCUGCUGUCUGCCGCCGUCACACCAGCUGAACCACCGACGGCUGCUGGAGUACCUGAAGUUCACGCUGGACCAGUACGUGGAGAUGGACUACAUCCUGGUGUACUUCCACCACGGCCUGAGGAGCAGCAACAAGCCGUCCGUCAAGUGGCUGCGAGAAGCGUACAGCGAGUUCGACAGGAAGUACAAGAAGAACCUGAAGACUCUGUACGUCGUCCAUCCAACAAACUUCAUCAGAAUCUUGUGGAACAUCUUCAAACCUCUGAUCAGUCACAAGUUUGGGAAGAAGCUGACGUACGUGAACUACCUGGCCGAGCUGAGAGAUCACCUGAACUACGAGCAGCUCGUCGUCCCUCCUGACGUCCUCAGACACGAUGAGAAGCUGCGAGCGGCUCAGAGAGGCGGAGCUCCUCCCUCGGUGAAGACGCCCCCGCCCCGCCCCCCUCUGCCCACCCAGCAGUUUGGAGUCAGUCUGCAGUACAUCAGAGAGAAGAACAGAGAAGCCGUCAUCCCUCCGGUCGUCUGUCAGACCGUCGCCUACCUGAAGGAGAAAGGUCUGAGGACUGAGGGGAUCUUCAGACGUUCGGCUCGUGUUCAGAUCAUCAAAGACGUUCAGAAACUCUACAACCUGGGGAAGCCGGUGGACUUCGAUCAGUACGCUGACGUCCACGUUCCCGCUGUGAUCCUGAAGACGUUCCUCAGAGAACUUCCUGAACCUCUGCUCACCUUCAGAGUGUACAGCCAGGUGCAGGACAUCCUCAGUGUGGAGAGCAGUCUGAGGGUCAGCAGGUGUAAACACAUCGUGGAAAGUCUUCCUGAGCAUCAUUACAUCGUGACCAAGUUCCUGCUGGGUUUCCUCCACACGGUGUCUCAGCAGAGCAUCGUCAACAAGAUGAGUCCGUCUAACCUGGCCUGUGUGUUCGGGGUGAACCUGGUCUGGCCUCGUCACGGCUCCAUCUCUCUGAGCGCUCUGACCCCCAUCAACAUCUUCACCGAGAUCCUCAUCGAACACUUCCACUCCGUGUUCGGCUCCCGCGGCCCGGCUGCACAGGUGACACCCUGACGCGCCCACACCUGGACAGGUGCAGCGCAGCGCCUCCGAGUUCUCUGUGGGUGUUUCGUCUGAGGCGUGAAGACGUGAACGACUCGGACGUCGUCUACAAGUCGGAUCUUCACAACACGACCAGAACACAGAACACAGAACACAUCCUGCUCCACCUGAUGGAGCAGGAUGUGUUCUGUGUUUUGUGUUCUGCGUUCUGUGUUCUGUGUUCUGUGUUCUGGUCGUGUCGUGACGAUCCGACGUCUCUGAUUGUUUCUAACAGGUCAGUAUUUAAUAAACGGUUUACAACGCGUCUGUAAACAGAUCUGAUGGUUUGUUUAUCUGUCAGCAGAUGAUGAAUGAAGACAAUAAAACAGUUGUGAUGAUAAAAAGAAAUGUAUUCCUGACAAACACUAAACAUUUAAAAUGUUGUUAAAUCCUCAGACAGACACAUUAAAGUCUGUCAUGAACCAUUUAUGACAUUAAAACUGCUGAUGAAUGUAAAUCUGAAGUGUUUCUAUCUGAGUGAUGUCACGAUGCUGCAGUCAGACUGUACGGAGGCCUGAUGAUGAUUAACAUCAUGAGCAAAACAUUAAUAAAUCAAU